AUGGAGCUUGACAUCAAAGAACCCCGUCAAUUCAGAGGUGCAUCGCCAAACCCUUUGAUCGAUGACCUCAGAGCUCAGGAUUUGCCUCGAGGCGUCCUCAUCCCCCUGAAAACAACUCAGGAAGUCCGCCAGGAUCACACUAUUGUGCAGGCAUACAUCACCAGAGCCCCUACAAAAUCUGCCAACGACGUUAUCACCCUCUUGCGCGACAUGUGUCCCGACGGUAACGCUAAUACCUUACCGCACCUACGCAGAUGCGCAAAGCCAUCAGAUCUUCCUGCCCAUCUCAAGACCCAGUUGAUGAAUGACACCCCAACGGGACGGCAGAUCCAUACUGCGAAAUCAACCUGGAUUUACAUCAUCGUGGGAGAAGCCAAAGAUUUCUCGAAAGAGGACCUGGUCGAGCUGCUGUCCAGCGUGGAAGGAAUCGAAAAAGAACCCUUCCUCAGUCUGAUUCCUGUCCCUCUGUUGGCGCCGACGUCCCAGGUCCAGGCCGCCAUGUGGUCUUCACAGUUCUGGCCCACUGUAUAUCGCAAGAACAACCCUCUGGGACCGCAUCCUGGCAUGGUGGCCCGUGGCACCGACGAUAUCAAGUAUGACACGGCCAUAUGGAUGGCGCUGGCCCACCGCGUCGCCCUUCAAGCCAAAGAAGCAGGCAUCGGAGAGGCCAUGGGAGCCGUGAUUGUGCAGCGAGGAGAGACGGGCACGGAGCUCGUUGGACUUGCUGGAGACGCCCGAUACCAUCACGAGAACGGCGUGAGCUUCCCCAACAACCCAAUGUCGCACUGCGUCCUGCGUGCUAUUAGUAUGGUGGCUCAGAAGCUUGUCCGAUAUGAGCGAUUGGCGACCGAACAACCAAUGGAGCACGCCAAUCUGGAGUACGACGCCUUCCAGGACGCACCCUUGAUUGAGCUGGAAAGGGAGUGCUUCAAGCAAGAGCACCCAAACAGAGACGGAUAUCUUUGUCACGGAUUAGAGCUCUACACUACUCAUGAGCCAUGUGUGGCGUGCUCCAUGGGCGUGCUCCACUCCCGCAUGGGAAAAGCAAUCUUCUGCAAGCAUAUGCCUCGAUCAGGCGGCCUGAGCUCAGAUGAUCGUCCUAAUGGAGGUGGACGAGGAUUGGGUCUUUUCUGGCGACGAGAGCUCAACUGGAGCCUGCUGGCAUGGGAGUGGGAGAGUGACGGCCUACCUGACCUCCCCCCUGUUGACCCAACCACUCACAUUUAG